AUGUCCGGCCGAGCGCCCCUCUUCUGGCAACAACCCGUCCGAUACUGGCGCUGGGCGUCGCGCGAGCGUCCCGCCCUCUUCUGGUCCUGCGUGAUCGGUGCCAUUGGCCCCGUCACCCUCGCCGUCGUGCCACCCAUCAGACAUGCCCUCGGAGACUACGACGCGAAGCCUCUACCCACAACCUAUCCAAUCCCUGCCGGCCCUAGGAAGACAUUGAGUGGCUACGAUGAUGGCUCAGACUGA